AAUGCCGAAGUGUGCGUGACGGCGUUCGGUCGGGGCUGGGAUGGUUGACCAAUCAGGAGGCCACAUCUUGAUCCUCGUGCGGCUCCGCGAAAGGAGGGGCGGGGUGCCAAGCUCUUUUUGGGGGGUCUCGGGAGGAAAUGGUGCUUCCUCUCGCGAUAUCUCUUCUCUAACGGUCGGAACGUUUCAAACAGGCAUGAGGCGCGCUUGGCACCUGUCAAUCACCGAGGGGUGGAGCUAACGGCUGUUGGUGCUUGCGGGAGCACGUGAUGCGGGCAGGUGUCACGCACGUGCUUUCACCUUCUUGCUGGUUGUUGUGUGUCAACGCCAUGGACUCUGCCUGGCUCCGGGAGCUCCUCACCAAGCGGCUCCGGAUUAGGCUGGAGUGCGGCACGUAUUCGGGCUGUCUCCGGCAUGUAGAUGCCGCGACGAAGGCCGUCGUGUUGGAUCAGGUUGAAGAUUUAGAAAAUAACAGGAAGCUGCCUGGUGUCAAAAUGUUUUUUGGUUAUGAGAUCAGAGAUUUGGAGAUCCUUGAUGGUUUGCCCACCAGAUCCAUGAAUAAAUCAGCAAAUAACAAUGAUUCGAGGGAUAAACUGGAGGACACAACUAUAGAGAACGAUUUUGGAGAGCAACGUUUUUCAGAGUUGGAGGAUGAAAGUCUGAAAUAUAUAGUCAUCGACCAAUUUCAUCAAAAGUUUGGUCCUGCUAUCUUUCACAUUAAAAAGCAAAGUGCAAUUGGAGUGGCAGUGGAAGGUAUUGAUAUCUGCCGCUUUGGGAAGCUGUGCUUGAUACAGAUAGCAACAGUGAAUCAAAUUUAUUUGUUUGAUAUCUUCCUUCUGGGACCAGUGGCAUUUAAGAAUGGACUGAAAAUGAUUUUAGAGGACUCUGAUAUACUGAAAGUGAUCCAUGACUGUCGCUUGGUAUCAGACUGCCUGUAUCAUCAAUAUAGAGUGGAUCUCACCAAUGUCUUUGAUACACAGGUUGCAGAUGUUCUGCAGUUCUCUUUAGAAACAGGAGGUCUUCUUCCCAGCUGCGUCAGUACGUUGGAAGAAUGCCUGGUCCGUCACCUCUCCCUCCCCACAACUAAAGCCUUGUUCCUGCAGCACAGUGCGUGUGCAGUCAAGGAAAACCCAAAAGUAUGGACCUGCCGUCCACUUCCUACAGGCUUGAUGCAGAGAGCAGGAUUAGAAGUCAUGUACCUGCUUUCACUCCGUUCCGUCCUGAUGGACAAAUUAAUGAUGGAUUUCACAACUCAAGUGGACAACUAUCUGAGCAUGUACAGAAAUAUGCCCUGUAUUAAUCUUGGAAGUGCUGAGCAUUACUCAAUGGAGCUUCCAUAUGAAUUGAAGGAAUUAGCUGUCAUUCAGAGACUAAGAAGAGGGGAUGCUAUGAAAAGCUACAAAAUAGAUGAAAAUGGCCUUCUGGUGAGACCACACCCUCAAUUUGAGAAAACUUCUGAAGCAGAAGGAAGGAUCAUAAACACAGAUGACAUUCCAGAGCUUGAAUCCAUCGAACCCUCUAGGGAAAAUGUUUUAGAAAUGCAGAAUGACGAGAUUCCAUUGCUUGAACCAAGACCCGAUUGUACCGAAGACCUUUGCCCCCCUUUGGAACGUGUCAGCCUUUCAGUAUUCUAACUUUGAGAAAAACCUUGUUGCCAGUGCCCAACUUUGUACAGAAAUCAAUUAAUUGAUCCCAUAGGCUGAAUGUUGAUUUUGUUGUGAAGGUGAUUGACCAUUAUUCAGUUCUGAAGCCCGCAGACGAAGCUGUUGUUUCUGUCUGACUCUUAAGAUCUGUAGACGAAGUGAACACCUGUUCUGAGUUGGCACCUUUCAAAUUAAUUUCUAUCCCAUUUUUUAGAAAUGCCCUUCAAUAUUGUCACAUUAAAUCCAAGUAAGCUGCAGAUGUAGUGGUUUUGUAGUACAUGAAUGGCUUGAAUACCUUUGUGCUGUUCAUGAAGUGAUGGGAUUUGAGAUUCUCCCAGCUAGUACCCAUAAUUAGACCAGCCAGGUACAUCCUUCAGAAAGAGAGAAAUAAAGCAGCAAGUGCAUUCUGUUGCCAUCCUAACUGAGUAGCUGAUAUCUGGAUCCAGGUUACCAAUUUAUUAUUUGUAUCCUGACCCCAAUGUAAAGGGAAACAAACAAAUGGUUAGUUUGGAAAAAAAUAAAUAUUUCCAGUAAUAGUUGUGUAAUAAAUGAGAUUUCUCACUGUUUCAUAUACUUCCAGGAUAUUGAAUUUUUAAUGUUCAUUUCUGUUUUGUCAUUAAGAUUUCUUUUUCUUAAUUCAGAUCUAUAAAUCUGUAUCGAAGUCUGACUUUCUUCCUGAAUAAAUUAUUUCCUUUCUUAUGACCAAAAGGUAAAUUCUUGGGAGUUAUUAAAGAAGUAAUGCUUAUCAACCUCCUGAAUGUUCUCACGUUAGAAAGCUUUUAAUUGUUUAACAAAGCAUUAGUCAACUUGAUUAGAUUAGAUUACUUAGUGUGGAAACAGGCCCUUCAGCCCAACGAGUCCACACUGGCCCGCCGAAGC